CUCGAAACGUCGCGUCGCGUCGAGUCGCACAUUCUCGCUCGAUCCCUAACCAGCAGCCUGACCGCAGCAACGCGUGGGCGGGCGCGAGUCUGCUCAGCGUCGGACAUCCAUGGCCGAGCCAUUGCGGUGGGGUCACGCGGCCGAGGACGAGGACGGGCUGCAAGCCUUUGAAGUGUCGCAUGACGCCGACGCCAACCUAGGCUACGACGCGCUUGCGCGCCCGGGCCAAAGCGGCAGCAGCGUUGACGCUCUCUACGCAGGAGUCAAGCGGCAUGCGGACGCGAACGCGAAUGAAGCUGACGAUUCGGCAGCAUCACAAGCAAAGCGCCUUCGCUCGCUCGCAAUGCUCAACUGGCUGCCGCGUGGGGGCAAGAAAAACUCGGUGCGGGACACGUACGCACGCGUAUCAUGCGAAGCAUGCCGCAAGAAGAAGUCGCGAUGCGUACUGCAAGAAGGCAUCGUACCCUCCCCCGAGCCGCUCAUCGGGGACGAGCGCUGCGGGAGAUGCGUCAAGCUCAACCUGGUCUGCGUCGUCUGGGCCGAAUCCCGACGCAAGGACCUCGAAGCACUCGCAAAGGACGGGAUAGACGUGUCGGCCACUGGAACCGGACGAGCGCACUACCUCGACGUGCUUAAGAGGGCUCAUGGCCCAGAGGACCCGGUAGCAAGGGGUAACAGUAGGGACCGCGGUUCAGCCGGCGGAUCUUGCAAUGCUGCCUGUGCCGUUGGCGUCGGCGGCUCCACCGCACCGCAACCACAAUGGCCGCCGCCUAUGCGGUCCCAUGCUGUGCCAUCUACAGCAGUCGAUGGCGCGCUCGCGAGGAGAACACCUGCUCGCAGCCUCGAAGCGGCAAAUGAAGUCUCGAUCAGAACCUCCGCUGCAGUGGCCGACCAAGACGCCAACGAAGAGGCAAGAGCCCUGUACCCUGCAGGUACCCUGCAGGUCUUUCGGCCGUUUGAUGAUGAUGGCGGAGCAUUCGCAGCCAACAGCCUGGGCCAUGCCCCUCCGCCACCUCCGCCACCUGCUCCUGGCGCUCCUGAUUCUGAUCCGGCACCAGGGGUCAGCGUCAAUGGCACAGCGGCGCUGCCUCGUGAGCCGACGAUACUGGCGCGCGCCGCUUCGCUCCUCGGAAAUCCGUAUUCUCUAUUCUCCCAAUUCUGCUACCAACAACCUGGCUUUGCUAGUAAUUUACAGGGACGGAAAAGCGUAGGAGGAAUCGGCUCGGGUCAAGUGCAGCUGGACUUGUUGGCAUUGGUCGAUGACGAGCUGCAUGCCAAUUUUAAGAGCGCGCUGCAACCGUACCUGCUCUUUGUCCCGCAUCUGUUUUCAGUCACGCACGUCCGCUCCAAAGUAGCGGAAAACCCGACACCCUCUGCUCGACUGCUGCUGGCGACACUCUACUAUCUCGCCAUGCGCUCUUCCCUCUCGUCGCGUAACAUGCUUCUCUCCCAAGCGCAAGGUGUCCCGUCGCACCGCGCUCCAACAGUACGCACAAAGGCCGCCGCGAAGGAGACCGAGACGCCCUCCUUCGAGCACCGUAUGUUGACGCUUCAAAAUCACCUGCGCGUUAUCAUCCGCACCAACGCCGAGGACGUCUUGCUCAGUUUCAACGCAGGCCGCGACGACUAUGCCGUGCACGCGCUCGAGCUGCUGGCGUGCUACCAUCCCUUGGCGCUGGAGCGCGUCAGCGGCACGACGCCCGAUCACGCAUACGAGAAUGUUCCCACGCUGGGCGAGGAGCUGAUCAGCGCCGCCAAAAUGACAGCCACACGACUCAGGUAUAAGGCACGCAGCACCGCGAGCGUCAGCUUGGUGUAUUGGACCCUUUCGCUGGGUAGUGAAAACGCGUUCCUGGGCAUGGAAAGCUCCAAAUUCCUUGGAAUCAGCAGCGAGGACAUGGAAGAGGAUUCUGGGGCGCUGGAGCAAUUUUUUAAUAGCCGGCCAUCUUCGCAAGCUGAAGCUAGCCCAGUGAGGGUGACAAGAGGGGCGCAGGCCAAGGCCAGGGCCAAGGCUUAUGAGGCUACUGACUCCACAAUGCCUAUAGUGUCGUUCAAGCAGAAUCUGCGGAUAGCCGGGAGGAUCGCUUUAGCGGGGCGGCUUGAGAUUAUCGGCCUGCAGAACAAGGCGAUUCAAGACGUUCGCCAGCUUCAGAUUCAGUUCAACAAUCCCACACAACCGUUGCAAGAGUUGAGUCGCGAGGUACACAGGGUGAUGGACGACAUGCUCGAAAGGAUCGAUAAGGCUCGUGAGAGGACGAUGUCGGAACUCAGAGAUCACGGUGCAAAUAUAGAAGACCCAGAUCGCAUUUUCCAGUACAGCGCCCGAUCGCUGCUCGUGGCGCUACAACUAGAAGCGCUGCAGGCCGCCCUGACCUUGACCGGCGUGUGCGCGAGCAUUGCACUUCGCGUGGACCUCACCGGCGCUGUCCAUAGCUCUUCGAUGUCCGUGCUCGCAAAAGCCAAGCGCGCCGAUGCCGCGCUGAGCGCCAUGCUCAGCCGCGUUGGCGCCCUGCGUGGCAAGCAGCUGUACCACAUGCUAGCGCUCAUCCCUCACCUGAUGGAGUCUUCCGCCAUUGAAGCCGUGCCGAUCCCGCAGAUCUGCGCUGCAACCGUCUCGGCAGCAAAAGUGGCGAUGGAGGAGGUGGCAGCAAAGAUACUCGGAUGGAAGCACAAGCCAGACGACAUGGACACGCUCAUAUCAUUGCUGAACGAAGCGGCGGCCAAGCUUGCUGGCUUCGACGGACUCUCUGCAUCUGGCCGCAAGCAGAUGUACACGUUCGGCAUCCAAGAAGGCGAUCUGCGCGUCACCUCCAGCGCUGUUGUUCUUUCAUUCAGCCGCGCUCUGAAGCAAUGGCGCAAUCGUCUCCUCGAUGAUCUGCUUCCCAUGAAGCCGCCGGUCGCGCAGCAUAUGCCGCCACAGCAUGCCCUUCAACCUCCUCAGCAUCUGCCGGAUCAACAGCAUCUAGCCUGGGGAGAAGCGAUGGGUAUUCCUCCGCAAAUACCAGCUGAUCCGCUGUUCGCUGCGGAUGGCCGCGAUCCGCUGCUCGAGUCUCUUUUUAGCGAUGAGCCCGACUGGGCCGCCAUUUUCCAUGCGCUACAGGCAUGAGGCCGCAAAGCGUGACGCCCCCGCACACUUCCUGCAAGCUUUGUAUUGGAUCACACGCAUACCCUAG